AUGUCAGUCACUGUCAGUCAACGAAAAGGGACGAAAGUGGAAGUGAGGAGGAUGGAUUCACAGUACUCCUGGUCAAAGAUGCUGUUACCCGCCAUGCCCACGAUACCUCUGUGCAAUACGGCAGAUUAUGAUAUCUCUAUUCUUUCGGAGAGGGGUGCUGCAGAGGCAAACUCGGCGAGACAAGACGGGCCGUUCACCAGGGGGAUGUUCGAAGCCGAGUUGCAAGAGGAACGGGCCUUUCGGACAAGGAUCGAUGUGAUGGAGUUGAGGGUGGCAGGGAUACCUCAGAUGUGUUGUGUGAUUGACAUGGCACCGACUGGUCCAGGCAAUUCGUGUAUCAUGACAAUGUAUAUUAGGUCUAGGCGCAAGGGUCAAAGGAUGGUCAGAGGGCGACUGCGAGAGAUUGAAGAGCUGAGGAGGGACUUGAACGGGAUCGCCGCAUGUCAGAUACAGGCCUCAGCCCGACCCUCAGCCUUGCAUGACACACAUACAUUAAGAUGA